CCCCCCUGACUCCCCCUCUCCGGACAGCGCCCCGGUGCAUUGUGGGCGCAGUCCGUUGUUCAUUUGCCAUUCGACCUCAGCGAGGGCCGUGCAGGGGGAGAGAUGUGUCCCUAGGCGCCAUCUGUUUCCUACACGCACAGAGAACGAAGCCCGCGGAGAGAAGCGCUGCUGGGAGGACGGAGGGAGCUGGGGUUUCCCAGUAGCCGCUCGGUGACCGGAGGGGGUGGUUGUUGUACUUCCCAGAAGCCCCCGCGCGGCGGUGCAGACACACACAUAUACACAGACAGACAGACACCCCAGACGGGCGGCACGAGGCAGGGCGCGUGGUGGCCCCCGGCAGGUUGAGAAGCCGUUAAACAUGGCGGAGAUGAACCGCAGGACUUUGGCCUUCCGGGGAGGCGGCCUGUCCACAGCGGGGACCCCCGUGAACAAUAAUAACAACAAUGGCGUCGGCUCAGGGGUCUUGUCUGUGGAGGAAGCCACGGCCUGGUCCAUGCGGCAGAUGAACGGAGGGGGAGCCGGCGGGGAGGAAGAGGUCGAAGUGGAACUGGAGGCGGAGGGCCUGCUGGAAGAUGACGAGGAGGAGACAGAGGCCUACCCCGGAGUGCUGCUUGGAAACCGGCUAGAGCAGCGAGGAGCCGGCACGGGCGCCAGUAAUACGGAUGGGGGGCAGGGGGCCUCGGUGAGCGGGGAAAGCAGCGACGAAGAGGAGGAGGAAGAAGAGGACGACGAGGAGGAGGAAGAAGAAGAGAACGCGGCCGGCGGUGGGGAGCAGACCGAGAAGGGGGAGCAGGGAGAGGAGGAGGAAGAGGACUGCGCUAUUCAGGGUGAUGGGACCCGACGCUUUGGACUUUUCCCGGCUGCCCGUUCCCAGUCGCUGCUGCCCAGUCUCCACUGCUCCUUCCAGGCCUCCUGGCUACACGAGUUCCCAUGGCUGCGCUUCUGUCAGGAGAGCGGCCUCAUGUCCUGCGCCUGGUGCCACAAGGAGGCGGGAGGGGGGAGCCCCGGGCACGACGAACUGGCCAAGGGCACUCGCCACUACAAGAGGGCCGCGCUGCUCCGCCACAGCCUCACCGCCCGGCAUCGGAACAACGACCCGGCUGCUCAGGAGCCUGAUGUGAAGCAGGAAGUGUCCCAGUCGCUUGGUGACUACAGUACUAAGCCAAAUGAGAACUCCUACUGCUAUCAACUGCUGCAAGAAUUAAAUGACCAGAGAAAGAAAGGGAUUUUUUGUGAUGUCAAUAUAGUGGUGAAUGGCAAAGUUUUCAGAGCUCAUAAGAAUAUCUUGGUUGCAGGCAGCCGCUUUUUUAAAACCUUAUACUGUUUUACAAACAAAGAGAGCCGUGACCAAACCACUGUUACUUAUUUAGACGUUGUUGCUGUCCAUGGCUUUUCAGUCAUCUUAGACUUUAUGUACUCUGGCAAUCUUGUGCUCACUAGCCAAAAUGCCAUUGAAGUGAUGACAGUUGCCAGCUACCUGCAGAUGACUGAAGUUGUCCAGUCCUGCCGUAAUUUCAUCAAAGAUGCCUUGAAUAUCAGUACAAAGUCAGAAGCUCCAGAAAACAUUGUGGUAAACUAUAACAAAAGGAAAAGCAAAGAUGGGCACAAAGUUGCAAGCUUCUGGGCAACCCGCAAUCUCACUAAUCUGGCAAGCAAUGCAAAGGUAGAUAGCGAUGGAUUUAAUCUCGACGAGACACCAACUGAAAACUUUCAAGCUAAUGACUCUUGGAUUCAGGAUAGCUCCCCGGAGGUGACCGAAAUAGAGCCCCAAACUCAGGGCAAAGUGUUUGUUUGGAAUGACAUGGGUUCCAACUCCGUUGCUGUGCAAGAGCCGAGCAAGCCAAGAAGAAAAAACCAAACUACAAAACGAUUUGUUUAUAACAUCCCUCCAAACAAUGAACUUCAAGUGGAUGGUAACACAAUGCUGCAGCAGCCAGUUUCCUAUCCAGAGGAGGAUGUGCAGUGCUUUCAGGAUGGGGCAGGGACCUCAAAUGAAUUUAAAUUUGGAAUGUUCCCUGAAUCAUGGACGCGAGAGUCUUGGGAAAAUGGAGAUGCAUCAGCGGGGUUAAUGAAUAAGUUGAAAUGUCCCCAUUGCAAUUACGUAGCAAAAUACAGAAGGACACUAAAAAGACACUUACUGAUUCACACUGGAGUAAGAUCUUUUAGUUGUGACAUCUGUGGAAAGCUAUUUACAAGAAGAGAGCAUGUAAAAAGACAUUCCUUGGUACAUAAAAAAGACAAAAAAUAUAAGUGCAUGGUGUGUAAGAAGAUCUUCAUGCUUGCGGCUAGUGUAGGGAUUCGACAUGGCUCUCGGCGCUAUGGAGUUUGUGUGGACUGCGUGGAUAAAUCUCAACCAGGGCUGCAAGAAGCCGGUAUUGAUCCAGUGGGAGAUGCAGAUUUUCCCAGAGAUGAAGACUACGACGACAAUGAUCCUGUAGAAGCGGUCGACGGUGAUGAUGAUCUAGUGGAUGACGGGGAAGACCAGAAUGAUUCUCGGUGGUCGGAGCAAAAUGACCAGUCUCGCUGGGGAGAACCGAACAAUCAGUCUCCGUGGGAACGGCCGAAACACCAGCCCCGAUGGGAUGAGUCAGGAGAUGUUUGUAUGACAAUAGAUGACUGACUGCCAACAGGCUUCUUAAUAUAAGGGUGCUUCAGCUGGACACAAAGCUUAAACUUGUUUGCUGAAACAUAUUGGACUGAAGGGUUACAAUACAUGGUACCGUUCUGGACAGUGGGUGUUGCUGUGAAAACUGUAGGGGGUCAAAUCCUUAUAGCAAAAAAACUUUUUUUUUUUUUGUUUUCCUUUUGUUUUAAUAUUUGCACAGGACUUCUACAGAAUCCAACCAUUUGGUUGAACUAUACAGAGUCCUCACAUCUCCAAUCAGUUAUCAAAGAAAUGUAUUUUUAUUUAUAGGAUAUAGCUAUGUUGGUCCUAUCAGCGUAAAAAAAAAAAACUACUAUUGUAACGUUAUUCAUGUAUCAGAAGAGUUUGGUUAGAAUGUACAGAUCAGGCGGUGAAUCGAGAUAUGAAUGUGAUGUGACUCUACAGUAGCUGAGAACCCUCAUUAGUUACUGGCACCUGUAAUUGCAAUUUACCAACAGAACAUUCUGCAUUCUUGUUCUGGAAGGGACCGGUCAUCUUUUAGUUUGCUCCAAUAGGAACAGACUUGGCAUGGGCUAUGUUAUGCAGCAUUAUUUAUAUGAAUAUUUAUAUUUUAUAUAUUUUGGUAUAGGAACCUUCUCCCAGUUGCUCCUAAGAAGAUAAUAGUAGGCUCCUCCUUACCAUUUUGUAAAUGUAUCUACCAGUGGCCUUGAGCAAUAUCAAGAAAAUGGACUCUUGCUCUUCGGAUUCAUAUCCUCAAGCAUCACCUUUUUACAUCCCAUUAAUGUCAUAGAAUGCAGCCGGCUACCACUGGAAGAGAGCAGACUGUUGCCAUUGUGGCCGCCCAAGCUGUGCAUAACUUGCCAUUUCGGCUCUUGCUGGAGCAAACUUUGUUUCAAUGCAUGGUUCCCCCAUAAAGCUAAGAUGCAGGCAAGCUUCUGAUAGGGUGUUGGGUGAGUGUUGAUUUAUUAUUAUUAUUGUUUUUUUUUUUUCUAGAGCAUCUAUAAUGGUUGAAAAGGAUAAAUUAAAGUUUAUUUAAAAGAGCAGUGCUAGCUUUAUAUCACAUUUCCCCUCUGUAGAGUCCCCCCCUUUUUUUUUAAAUGAUUCACUUUUUAUUUUUUAAGUUAAGUGAUUUUUUAAGAAAAAUUAUAAUAAUUUAUGUGUAAAUUUUCUUCCUGUCGGGUCGAGUAUGCAUAUUUUUUUCCCCCUCCCAUCACAUGUUUGGUGAUGUCAUGAGCUAGAGAAAGUUGCAAAUAGUUAAGCAAUAGGGCAAUGUUAAAGAUGUAUUAGCCUUAAACUGGGGGAUGCUGAACAGGAUUACGAUCUGUGAUGUCCCCCCAACGUUUUGCUGCUUUAAUGAUGAAUUUCCAUUCUCUGUGGCGAAUGGCAGACAAUAGCUAUGAAUGAUCCAGUGAUGGAGGCUUACAGUUAAUGUUGUGAGUAGCGUGCUAGAUUUCAUGCAUUUCUCAUUUCCCUACAGGUUAGUGCUUUAUAUACUGCCUUUAUUCUGCAGACAUGGUUAGUUAACAUUUCUUGGGUACCAUUCCUUCAUAUGAAUGCAUAAAAUGUACAUUUCAGUCAUCAGGACAUCACACAAUGUGAAUAGGUUAGGCUCAGUUUUUCUCUGUUUAUGUCCUGAGUAUUUCCCUGUCCCUGUUCAUUUUAAUCCAGGGAAGUUUUCACGCACGAUUUCUCUUCUCUGCGAGGAUUCAGGCACUUUCUUCAAAUCGAUCCAAUUCAGUUCUCUGUUGCCACUUCAUUUCCCAGCGUCUCUUAGAAACCAAUUCUCCACCUGGUAGUCACCGGCCACCAGUUAAUGCGGCUGUCUAGAUAACCUACGAGUACUGUUUAAUGUCAGUAACCAUUUUUCCAACUUUGUAUCAUUUUUGUUCUCCCCCAUGUUUUUAUAAAAAGGAUUGAAUUAAAUUGUGCUAGCGAUUUGGAAUUUUUAUGUCGACUACCAGGUGAUUCUAAGUGCUCACACUUCUUAUUAAUGUUAAAUAAAUGCUUUGUCACUGUC